GGGCGCUGCGCAGGGGAGGGGGCGCUGCGCCGGGAGGGGGCGGGCGUCGUCCGCCCGGGAGGCUGCAGACCCCGGCUCCCGCGAGCGCCGCGCCGGGCUUCGCUGUUCCACGCGGCUCCAGCGGGGAUGGAGGACUCGGUGGCAGCGGCUGCUGCGGCGGCGACGGAGGAGCGGCUCUGAGGAGGGGACAGCGGGAUUAGAGUUCUCCAGAAUACGCAUCAUAUAGUUGGAGUGGUGAUGUCUUCCUGAGGGAACCUCCUCUCUGUCAUCGGGUCAUGCAUAGCAACUGUUCUUGACUGGGCCAUUCAUCGAAAACAGGAUUUACCCUGUGAAACAGGGAGAAGACGUAAUGGACUCCAAGCAUCAUUUCAAGUUUUAGGUUUUUUUUUUUUUUUUUUUUUGAAAGUACAGACAUACAUGCAAAGCUCUUGGGCUUUGGACCCUCUGCUUUAUUAAGGCCGCUGUGUCUCUAAUCCAAGAUUGUUCCAGUCUGUUGACCUAUCACCAUGGCUUCAGUUUGGAAGAGACUGCAGCGGGUGGGAAAACACGCCUCUAAGUUCCAGUUUGUGGCCUCCUACCAGGAGCUGAUGGUUGAGUGUACAAAGAAAUGGCAGCCAGAUAAAUUGGUGGUAGUCUGGACAAGAAGAAGCCGGAGGAAGUCUUCCAAGGCUCACAGCUGGCAACCUGGAAUAAAAAAUCCAUACCGUGGUGUGGUUGUUUGGCCUGUUCCUGAAAACAUUGAGAUCACUGUGACUCUUUUUAAGGAUCCUCAUGCAGAAGAAUUUGAAGACAAAGAGUGGACAUUUGUCAUUGAGAACGAAUCCCCUUCUGGUCGGAGGAAAGCUCUUGCUACUAGCAGCAUUAAUAUGAAACAGUACGCAAGCCCUAUGCCAACUCAAACUGAUGUCAAGUUAAAAUUUAAGCCAUUAUCUAAAAAGGUUGUAUCUGCUACUCUCCAGUUUUCAUUAUCUUGUAUCUUUCUUCGGGAAGGAAAAGCAACGGACGAAGAUAUGCAGAGUUUGGCUAGUUUGAUGAGUAUGAAGCAGGCUGACAUUGGCAAUUUAGAUGAUUUUGAAGAAGAUAAUGAAGAUGAUGAUGAGAAUCGAGUGAACCAAGAGGAAAAGGCAGCAAAAAUCACAGAACUUAUCAACACACUUAACUUUUUGGAUGAUGCACAAAAGGACUUGGCCACUGUGAAUACCAAUCCAUUUGAUGAACCUGAUGUAACAGAAUUAAAUCCAUUUGGAGAUCCCGACUCAGAAGAGCCAGUCACUGAAACAGCAUCAGCUAAAAAAAACGAAGAAUCUUCUUAUAAUAACAGCUGUAAUCCCUUUAAAGGUGCACAGACUCCACAGCAUUUGAACCCAUUUGAUGAGCCCGAACCCUGUGGAAUUAUCAAGGACUCUCCACCGCAGCCCACAAAAAGAAAAACCCUGAGACCCGUGGACAUGAGCAAGUACCUCUAUGCUGACAGCUCGAAAAGUGAGGAUGAGCUGGACGAAUCCAAUCCUUUUUAUGAGCCCAAGCCAACUUCUCCAAACAAUUUGGUCACUGCGGUUCCAGAAGGGGAGGCUGGAAGGAGAGUGAAAAGAAAGGCCCCAGCCCCGCCAGCCCUCCCGGCCACGCCCGGACUCAGCGAGCGCCCGGCGGCUCCUGCAGGGAGGGAGCGUUCCACUUCUCCCAAGCCAAGCCCAAUACCAAGUCCUGUUCUGGGGCAAAAGCCAAACGCUAGUCAGUCCUUGCUUGCAUGGUGCAAAGAAGUUACAAAAAACUACCGGGGUGUGAAAAUCACUAACUUUACUACAUCGUGGAGAAAUGGUUUAUCUUUUUGUGCAAUCUUACACCACUUUAGACCAGACUUAAUUGACUACAAGUCUCUGAAUCCUCAAGAUAUUAAAGAAAACAACAAAAAGGCUUAUGAUGGAUUUGCCAGCAUUGGAAUUUCCCGCUUACUGGAACCUUCUGAUAUGGUUUUAUUAGCAAUCCCUGACAAACUGACUGUUAUGACUUAUCUCUAUCAAAUAAGGGCCCAUUUUAGCGGUCAAGAGCUAAAUGUGGUUCAGAUAGAAGAAAACAGCAGUAAAAGCACAUAUAAAGUUGGAAAUUAUGAAACAGACACAAACAGUUCUGUCGAUCAAGAAAAAUUCUAUGCGGAGCUGAGCGACCUGCAGCGGGAGCCCGAGCCGCAGCGGCCUGCCAGCGGGGCAGUGGAUUUCCUGCCGCAGGACGACGCUGUGUUUGUCACUGAUAGUGGAGUAGGUGAGUCUGAGAGUGAGCACCAGACCCCAGAUGACCACCUGAGUCCAAGCACAGCCUCCCCUUCCUGCCGCAGGACUAAAGGUGACACAGAGCCCCACAGGUCCCAACAGGGCUCGGGAAGGACUUGGUCCGAUGACCCUGGGGUAAGUUCCAGUACAGAUGCGGCCCAGGCACUGGUUUUGUCGGGCAAGAAGAGGCUCCUGAAAGCGGAGAACUUAGAAUUAAGUGACUUACAUGUCAGUGGUAAAAAGAAGGAUGUGUCUCCACCCUCAAUUUAUGAGCAAAAGCCUCAGAUUGUAAAUACCAGCGGUGACUUGGAACAAGAGAAAAUAGAGAAUUCCAGACCUUUAGAAUGCAGAUCGGAUGGUGAAUCAGCUAUCAAAAAGCCAAGUUUAUCCCCUCCUUCUAAACUUGGAUAUUCAUACAAUAGAGAUACUGACUUCACGAAAAAAGUAUGUACUUCUCUGAGGCAGUCAGAGUCUGAUCCAGAUGCGGACAGAAACACUUUAAAUCAUGCAGAUCCUUCCACCAAAACAGUGCAGCACCGAAUGCUGUCCAGACAAGAGGAGCUGAAGGAAAGAGCGAGAGUUCUGCUUGAGCAAGCAAGACGAGAUGCGGCUGCCAAGGCCGGGAGCAAGCACGCGGGCAGCGCAGCCCCUCCGCUCUCCAGCGGGCAGCAAAGCGAUCAGCAAGAUGAAGAGAGACGUCGGCAGCUGAGAGAGAGGGCUCGUCAGCUAAUAGCAGAAGCUCGAUGCGGAGUGAAGAUGUCAGAACUUCCCAGCUAUGGUGAAAUGGCUGCAGAAAAGUUGAAAGAAAGGUCAAAGGCGUCUGGAGAUGAAAAUGAUAAUAUUGAGAUAGAUACUAACGAGGACACUCCUGAAGGCUUUGUGGUAGGAGGUGGAGAUGAACUUACUAAUAUAGAAAAUGACCUUGAUACUCCCGAACAAAAUAGUAAAUUGGUGGACUUGAAGCUGAAGAAGCUCUUAGAAGCCCAGCCACAGGUGGCAAACUCUCUCUCCAGUGCUUCCCAGAAAGCUGCAACUGAUAUCGCAGAGCAAAAGAAUGGCGUGGAAGAUCUUCGGACUGAGCGAUUACAAAAAGCAACAGAACGUUUCAGAAAUCCUGUUGUGUUCAGCAAGGAUUCUACAGUCAGAAAAACUCAACUCCAGUCUUUCAGUCAGUAUGUUGAGAAUAGACCAGAGAUGAAAAGACAGAGAUCAAUACAGGAAGAUCCAAAGAGAGGAAACGAGGAGAAGGCAACGAUAACUGAGACUCAGAGGAAGCCAUCAGAAGAUGAAGUACUUAAUAAAGGGUUCAAAGACACCAGUCAGUAUGUUGUAGGAGAAUUGGCAGCACUAGAGAAUGAGCAAAAGCAAAUUGACACCCGUGCCGCGCUGGUGGAGAAGCGCCUCCGCUAUCUCAUGGACACAGGAAGGAACACAGAAGAAGAGGAGGCCGUGAUGCAAGAGUGGUUCAUGCUAGUUAAUAAGAAAAAUGCCCUGAUCAGGAGGAUGAACCAGCUCUCUCUGCUGGAAAAAGAACAUGACUUAGAACGAAGAUAUGAACUACUGAACCGGGAACUGCGGGCCAUGCUAGCCAUCGAAGACUGGCAGAAGACCGAGGCCCAGAAGCGACGGGAACAGCUCCUGCUGGAGGAGCUAGUGGCCCUGGUGGACAAACGCGACGCCCUUGUCAGGGACCUGGACGCCCAGGAGAAGCAGGCGGAAGAAGAAGAUGAGCAUUUGGAGCGAACUCUGGAACAAAACAAAGGCAAGAUGGCCAAAAAGGAGGAGAAGUGUGCUCUUCAGUAGCCUGCACACCAGGUCUCUCAGCAGCUUAGCCUUAGGUCUCCAGGCCAGGGACAGACUGGUCGACUUAAAACUUUUUAACAUUUUGUUUGACUGGAUUGUACUUCUGGACCGCCACCCCUUUCCCUCCUCUCCAGAUAAUAUACAAAACUCCAGAUAGCUUUCAGGAUUCUUUGUGAGUUAACCAUGAAACCAUUUUUGCAACCAUGUGAAGUAAAUUUGCACAGACACCUUGCGAAUGACCAGUGAUGGAGAUGCUAACUGUCCAAAGGGGGAAGGCUUCCCUCAUCACUUCCCUUCUGUCUGGGAUGGGCGAACAUUUGAAACACGUUUGUUGUAGUAUUGUUGGUAAUAGCAUAAUGACAGUGGGUGGGGGGCAAAGGGGAAUAAGAAAAUGUCAUGAAUGAUUUUUUUCCAAUCCUGCCGUAUGUAACACUGUUACUGGAAUCUCAUCGUUAGAUCAUAUUCUGUAUAUUGACGAAACUGUGUCCAUUUGCCAGUGCGGUUUUCUGCAGCCGUUUGCAUUUCACAUAAAGAUAAUAAAGUUCCUCUCUGCUCUCCUCAGAGGAUGGCCCUUUAAGGGAGCCUGAGAUAAACCCUGUGCUUUGAAAGGUGAACUGUGAGAAUGGCCCCAAUAGCAGUGAGCAGUUUACAAAGACAGUUGUAUCAUCUGACGAUGCGCCAUCUUUUUCUCUGAAUAAUUAUUUAUUACAUCUUGCUUGGUUCCUACUUUCCAUUGGGGCUCAACAUUGGCUCAAGAAUGCUGUUAAUAUUUAUUUCUGUAUUGAUGAAAGUCUGUCUUGGCACUACAAGUAAAUCUCCAAUUACAUCUCUAGCAUAGCACUGUGUUUUGUGAAAAUGGUUAUGUUUAUUUAUUACAAUACUGAGUCAUAAAUUUUCAAUAAAAGCAGAAACUUUCUUACCUUAAA